AUGGCAUUGAAAGUCGCCAUUCUGCUCCUCGCAGCACUCCUCGGCAGCAAUGCCUUCCCCCUUGAGGAAGAGGAGCGGGACAUGUCCAUGUUCUUCGACCACACGGACGCGAGCGCUCGCAUCGUGGGCGGCACCAACGCUGGCCACGUGCCGUACAUGGUCGCGCUGACCACGGGCUCCAUAUCGCGUAGCUUCUUGUGUGGUGGUUGCAUCGUGACGCGUCGCACCGUGAUGACUGCUGCUCACUGCAUGCGCGCCGCCGGCGGGAACAACCCUACCAAUUCGAUGAGAGGCACCGUGGGAACAAACCGCUGGGCGAGCGGCGGCGUCGCCCACCAGUUCAGCCGGGGCCUCAUGCACGCCCAGUACAACCACAAUCUCAUCAAGAACGACAUCGGUCUGCUCUUCACGUCCGCUAACAUCGCCAUAUCCGCCUCUGUGGCGCCCCUCACCAUCAACUACGACCACAUCGGCACCGGCGUCGCCACCAGAGUCACCGGCUGGGGCAGAACCUCGGCCGGCGGUUCCCUGUCCCCGCAACUUCUGGAGCUCCGCAAGCACACGUUCGACGCCAACCGCUGCUCGGCCGAAGUGAGCGCGCGCGCGCAGCAGCUCAACAUCCGCGGCGUGCCGCACGUCGACCCCGCCAUCGAGAUCUGCACCUUCCACUCCGUCGGACACGGCACUUGCAACGGCGACUCCGGCAGCCCGCUGAUGCGCGCGGACCGCAACCAGCAGAUCGGCAUCGUGUCGUGGGGCCUGCCGUGCGCGCGCGGGGCGCCCGACAUGUUCGUGCGCGUGAGCGCCUACAGGACCUGGAUCACCAGCAACACUAUAAAUUAAAUUA